AUGCUCCGAGCCGCCAGCAACGGCCUCCGCAAUGCGGUCGCCGCCCGUUCAGUUUCGCUGUCAGCUGCCAAUUACAGCGACGCGAAGCGAUCUGAAAUUGCACAAUACAAAGUCGUCGAUCACGCAUAUGACGCCGUCGUUGUUGGAGCCGGAGGAGCUGGUCUCCGUGCCGCUAUGGGACUUUCCGAGGGAGGACUCAAGACUGCCGUUAUUACCAAACUUUUCCCAACCAGAUCUCACACCGUCGCCGCCCAAGGAGGUAUCAACGCUGCCCUCGGAAAUAUGAAUCCAGAUAACUGGCGCUGGCAUUUCUAUGACACCGUCAAAGGAUCAGAUUGGCUCGGAGACCAAGAUGCAAUCCACUACAUGACUCGUGAGGCUGAGAGAGCUGUCAUUGAGCUUGAGAACUACGGAAUGCCAUUCUCUCGUACCACUGACGGAAAAAUUUACCAACGUGCCUUCGGAGGACAAUCCAAUGAUUUUGGUCGUGGAGGACAAGCUCACAGAACUUGCUGCGUAGCUGACCGUACCGGACACUCCCUUCUCCACACCCUCUACGGUGCCUCCCUCCAAUACAACUGCAACUACUUCGUUGAGUACUUCGCCCUCGACCUUAUCAUGGAGAACGGCGCCUGCGUCGGAGUUAUCGCCAUGGACCUCGAAGACGGAACCAUCCAUCGUUUCCGCUCAAAGAACACUGUGCUUGCCACCGGAGGAUACGGAAGAGCCUUCUUCUCCUGCACAUCUGCUCACACUUGCACCGGAGACGGUACCCGCUUUGACCGCUAG